AUGUCGUCGGUAAAGUCUUGUGACAGUGUCAAUGACACGAGAAGUAUGGCAACGGCUGUUAGUGGAUCAGUCGGUGACGAUGAACGGGUGUUGACGCCUACAGAAGAUGACCAUUCGCUCAUAUUAUCAAUGAAGGAAGAAAUUCGAAAGCUUAAAGAAGACAACAAAAAGUUGAAGUUGAGUUUCACUGAUAGUAUAUUAAGUGGUAGGAGAGUUAUUACGUCAAGCGUCGACCUAGCACGGAGUUCGGUGAAACCUCAGCUUCAACCCGAAGAGCGAGAACUACGCUCGCGACGAUGCUUAGGCCAAGCCCAAGAUACAAGUGAGCAGUCAUUGGUAGCCAUGUUAGAGGAACGGUUGAAUGAAGCGGAAAACAGCAUUCAGGAUUAUCGGGAUGAGAACACUGUUCUCAAAUGUGAGCUCCGUGAUUUGCAGGCAAGUAUUGAGACAACUUAUGCUAAUUCGGAUGCCAAGUUAAGGGAAAAGAUUACAAGCACUGAAGCUUUGUGCGACGAGCUAAUGGAGGAGAACGAGAGCCUCAAAGCAGAAAUUAGAGACCUGCAACAGGAAAUUGAAGAAAUGCAGGAUCAAUAUCGAGAAGAAGAGAUAGAAGAAUUCCGAGAGUUACAACGAGAGCUCGAGCAAAAUGCAAAGAACUGCCGCAUACUCCAGUUCAAAUUACGUAAAGCGGAAAGGAUUAAAGAGCAGACAGACGCUGAAAAAUUACAAUUACAAAGUAGACUAAAUGCCCUAACUGGAAGCACUUCUGACGAGACUGCGCUAUCAACGCAAUCAGAUGGUGUUCGAGUGAGGGAAUUGGAAUCUGAGCUGAGGAUCGCCAAAGAGGUUUCGGUCCGAUUACACACCGAACUCGAGCAAUCAGAGGAGAAACGCUACAAAUUAGAAGAUGAAUUAUUUUAUAUGAAAGAAAAAGUCCGUGAAUUGCAAACGCAAAACAAAUGGAGGGAGGCGCGAAACAAAACCGAUGUGGCUGUGAAAAGGCUGUCAGCCGAAUUAGCCGCAUCUAUGCCCCAAAUGUCAGAUGGUGAAGUGAGCAAGGAGUUGCGGGAUGCACUUGAGAGAGAAAUCGACAGCCGUGAACAGCUGAAAUUUGCCGAAGAGGAUCUCAAGCGAACACAACAACGAUUGAAAGAAGUGGAAAACGAGAAUGAGGUGCUGUUGAAGAAGCUGUCAAAAUCUGCCAAACUGAGGCCUCCGAUGGUGCGAUCAGCGAGCGAAGGCAAUGCUCAUCUUCAACUCGAGUUGGCAGAGCAUGAAGUGGAGCAUCUGUCGACCAAAAUAGAUCGACUGGAGCGAACUAACGAUCACCUAUUGAAGAAAAUUAUUGAGUUAGAAACGGACUGUAUGCAAAGAGCUUCAAAUGUCGAAGGGCGCCCCAGUGGUGGUGAGUUCAACCUGACUCAAGAAAUGGAGAGGGAUAUGGGUAAAAUGAUUGCAACUAUUAGUGAUUUGGAACGGAAGAACCAUGAGCUCAAUCUUCAUUUGAAGAAUUAUGAAGCCAAGAGUAGCAGUUCGAUAACGAGGGCCGAUACAGUUGAUCUCCGCAGUGAGAAGGAGAGAUCUCGACUUCUGGAAGCAGAAAUCGUCGAACUGAAGCAUAUGUUGCUUAAAACGGACAACCAGAAGAUAAUCGCCUUGGCAACCAAGAUCGAACAGCUUAAUACUCAACAAGCAAUGGUGAAUGAACGAUGCAAUAACCUACAUAAAAAGGCCGCUAAGAAUUGCGAUAAUGAAAACUAUAUGAGCGAGUUAAAAAAACGGAUAGAAAUGUUAGAGAAAGAUAACAGUGAGCUGAAAGCCGCGUCCAUCAUUAGGGAACUGCAAGGAAAAGCGACUGCUCCUGACGAGAUAGAACAAUGCUGUGAAGUUUUGGCGUCAAUUGAAUCUCAUACUACCAGAUUGUGCAAACAAGUUGAGAAAAUUGAUCAGGCUCAAAAGGAUGAACGCAGGCGAUCUUUGUCUAAAGACAGCAGUGCCACCAUAAUAGCCGAGCUGGCUAAUCUACUCACAGAGCUCAAAAACGUUCAUAUAAUUAUGGACAACAUUAAGGGGAGCAAUCCAACAUUUGUAAGGCGAACACCGGUCCGAGAGCAGACACCACAGCAAAACACGAUAUGCACCAGAUGCGUGGAGAACCAGAGAGUCAUCGAUGAACAACAAAAUGAGAUAGUCUUCUAUAAAAAAAAGAACAAAGACCUCACUAAUCAAGUGAGUCCUGUCGGUCAACUCGUAUUGCGAACGACGACACAAUUCGACUGUACUGAUUUACUUCAGAUUCUCCAAACAGAGGACCGGUGGACAAUUGAAAUCGAAAAGCAAAGGCAAAUUUUCGAAAACGAGAUUAAGAGCCUCAGUUGCCGAUUGACAGAUAGCAAAAUACAGGUCGAAGAGCAGAAUCAGUUACUGCAAUCUAAAAACUUCACUGUUAUGGAGAAAACCAGAGCACUGGAAGAACAGGAGGAACGAUGUAGUCGUCUACAACGUGAGCUUGAAGAACAAAAAAGGGAGAAACAGGAAUUAGAGCAGAAUCAGAAGUCCGUACGCGAGUUUGAAAUUAAGUACAAAAAGUUGGAGAGCAUUUUUGACCAGGAAAGAGAAAAAAUGAACAGUGAGCGGAGCCGGUGCAAGAAUGAGAUUAUCGCACUGAAAAAGUUUACUGAGGACGCUGAAGAGCUACUAAGCAAGUUAUUUAAGGAUUUCAAGAAGAAAGAAGUAAUGUGGAAAAAUGAGAAGGAUGCGCUAGAAAGGGAAAUAGCGUCCUUGAAAAAACAACUAGUGGCGUACAGAACAUCUGUUAACGAUUCUGACCAUGAAGCCCCUUCGAACCUAAGCCGGCAUGAGAGCGAUAGGAUCCACGUUAUUGAAUUAAAGAAGCAGCUGGCUGUCUACGAGAAGAAGUGCUCUGAAAAUGAAGCUAUGCUAGAAGAUAUAAAAAUGACAAAUACUGAUCUGCUUGAUCAGUUGAAUAAAGCUAAGCAAGGUUGGCAAAAAGACAAAGAAGCUCACCAGCAUAAAGCUCGGCAAACUGAAAAGAUUCGAAUGGUUGAAAUGGACGCUUUACAACAAAAAUUUUCCAGCAGAAUGCGAAUUAUGGAAGAUACUAAUAAAUCACUUCAUUCGCAGCUUGUCCUAGCAAGAAGAGAAAGGGAUACACAUAAGGACGCGCUGGCAAACUUUGAACGCAAAGUGCAGGAUGACCAAAAAGAAAACAGCUUGCGUGAGAAGAAGAUUAGUGAAGCGCAGGAAAAAAUAAUUUCCCUGCAAAAGAACCUUUCCGAACUUGAAGCAGAAUUGGAGCGUACGCACACAGAUUUAAGACUCACUAAGGAAGCCAGGAAGGCGGAUCAAAUUUUGUGGAAAAUUGAUCGAGCCCGAGGAAAGUGUCGGAACGAGAAGCUGUCCGACGACGACCUCCGAACAAUGGAGCAUCUGCAGACACAAUUAAGGGACUGUGAGAAAUUCUACUCAAAAGAGACGGAAAGAUUGAAAGACAAAUUGAGAGUAAUGGGCGAAGAAUUCCAGCAAGAAAAAAUAGUCUAUGAUAAAAUGGUUACAGAGCUUCGUGAACAAGUGAGAGUGUUGGAAAUAGAACUAAAGAAUCUCAGCCAAAAGAAGGACAGUCAAACGGCUGCCAGUGAAAUAUUGGAGGCAGGAGCCUCACGACUUCAGCAAAUUGUACAUCUCAAUGAGUUGCAAAGGUUAACCAGAAAAUAUCGACUCAGCAGCAUUAUAGACCAGAGUGCGCUUCAGCUGCAAUUUGUUACCGAUCCGGUUCGCCGGUGUGGAAAAUCAGAGUGGGAUGGCAAUCCUGAUGGGCUCAAAUACAUCAUCAGCCAACUGAUCACUCUUCGAGAUGAAGACGCUCAAACUAUUGUACCGAGUGAUGAACGUUGCUCAUCCUCGCAACAAUCUCUGGAUCGAAACGGCUACGCUCCUUCUGUGAGCGAGUUCGACGGAACAUACGAUAAUGUCAGCCAGUCGUCCAUGAGUAUCCGUUCGGUGGCCAGUAUGCCUGUUCGUAGCACCAUCAGGUAG